AUGGACUUCCUCAAGGCCUCUCACUUCAUGUUGGGGCCCGACCCGCGCCUGAAUUUGGGUGCCAUGCACUCCACCUCGCACCGGGAUUUCCCGAGCCACCCGGUCGCCACCCGCUCGCGGCCAUGCCAGCAGCUGCGCUCGGCCCUCUUCCAGCUGGACCGGGCCUGGGCUGACAAGGAGCAGGGAUCUGAGGCGCACAGAGCGUUUGUGCCCCCGCUGGCGACCGAGCAGUGGCGGGAGCAGGAGCGGGAGCUGGCGCGGGCACGCACGCGGGACAUGCAGGCCAGCCACCUGCACCUCCACGCGGACGCGCGCGCCGGAACCGGCCUCCCGACCGUGCGCAGCGACUACGCUUGGGUUGAGCUGCCCGCGCGCGCCAGGGAGCGGAUACGCGGCGCGCGCCUCAUCUUCGACCGCGACUCCGUGCCACCCGGCGACCCGGCCAAGCUGCGCAUCCCGCCCACCACGUACCAGGAGCAAUUCCCGCCCCACGAUUCGUGGCCUCAGCUUCGCACCCCCCGCGGGAAUCAAUCCUGCUCUCUGUCCUUGUCACCAUCCUCAGGGGGUCCCAAUCCCCUCAAGUGGGACCAGAGAGGACAGGACAAUGAGACUUCCUACCAGAGACAGUUCCAGGCUCUGCCAAGUCCACCAGCCUCCAUGUGUAAGAGGGCCUCCUCCAGUGUGAAGAUGGGAGACGUCAAGACUGGCUAUGGGCCCGUGUGUUCUGAGCAGAAACAAGCCUACGGGCCUCAGGGCCUGCCCCCAGACAGUUAUGACAAGGCCAAGGCAUCCGCCAACACCCACUGUGUGAAUAUUCGCCCUGGAGAUGGCCUCUUCCGCCACAGGACCAGCAUGGCUGAUCACUUCUAUGCCCACGAGCCAGGGCCUUCUGUCCUUCACCACGACCAGACCCCACCAUCACACAUCCUGGAAGGGAACUGGCGCCCCGGGCCGGGCAGCCUGACCACUCUCACGCGCUUCUUCCACGGCCAGCCGCCACCCGCGACCUCGCCACCCAGCCGCCACCAGCCUCACGAGAAACUGCGGACGCACGUGGUCCUAGGCGAGCCCGCGCUGCGCAGCCAGUUCUUCCAGACCUCCGUGGGCACGGAUUAUUGCCCCCCUAGGACACAGCAGCUGGUGAAGGCUCUCAGCCUCCACCUGCAGCACAGCAACCUGCCCGAGGGCACAGGCGAAUUAGAUUUUCAAACCACUAACCAGAAGAUGCUGAAGCCACACAGAACAGCUCCAGCCUCCAUGACUGAGGAGAUGCUACAGCGGUGCAAAUACAGCCACAUGGAGCCACCACUGGGCAGACAGCAUUUCCUCUCAACUCAUUACAACGAUAACUUUACCUUCAAAUACCAAGGCCCAGUAGUGCUGAGAGCGGACAACUCCCAGGAGAGCUACGUGCCCCUGGGCACCUCUCGCCAGUGGGGCUGUGGGGCUGGGAAGGCAGACCCCCAGGCCCCCCAGGCCCCUGUCUACCCAUGCCCUAGCCAGCAAUAA